UUCUCUCGUUGAAAUGAUUGCGAUGGUAAUUGGGGAAUAAAGUGUUCGUAAUGAUGGCUCAUACCCAUCUACAUGAGUUGCUCAGAGAAGAUCAAGAGCCCUUUAAGCUCAAGAAUUACAUCGCCGACCGCCGUUCUCAGCUCAAUUUGACAGAAACAACCACCGUCACUAAACGGAAACCAGUUAUUGAACCCACAACCACUCUUAAAUUCUGCAUCAACCAUGCAUGUCUUUUCACUUUCCAAGACUCCCCGGACGUUAGGAACUCUCCGUUUAUUGAUUUCCCCUCGCCGGCAACGACAAGUCCCUGUAACGCCGCCGUCUUCCUCAAUGUCCCAACAAGGACGUCUGCCGUGUUACUUGACGCCGCCAUGAGGGUACAGAAGCAAUCUUCUUCAAAAACUAAACCACAACCUUCGAAGAAUGUCGGAUUCGGGUUAUUGGGAUCUUUUCUCAAGCGAUUAAAGCAUAAGAACACCCAAACCAAACGACAUGAAAUCAAUUCUUUAAACAAUACGAAAUCUUCAAUACCCACAAAACAAUUUAGGGGAAAAAAGACAGCAAACGACGUCGAAAUUAGUUUGGAUGCUAACGGUUGUGCUUACAGUAAGCUUAGUAGUGCAGAUUGGUCGGAAAAAUCGUCGGAAUCGGAGACUUCAUGCAGUUCAAUCUCGGUUCAUGAGUCGUGUGAGAUUCAAUCUCUGGGUCUAGUGGCUGAAAAUCAUGUUUCGUCUUUAUCUGCCAUGUGCAUCUGCUCAAACCCUUCUAGCCCUUUUCAUUUCUCUCUCCAGAAAAGCCAUUCCACAGGUCACCGGACACCGGAUUUCUUAUCGCCGGCGACAUCUCCGAGCCGUCGCUUCCGACAGGAUAAAGAAAAUUAUGACGUCGAGCGGAGUAAAGAAAUCAAUGUUGAAGAUGAGGAACAAUGCAGUCCGGUAUCCAUCCUGGACCCUCCAUUCGAAGACCAUGAACACGAAUACGAUGUCGUCGAAGGGGACGCUUACGACCUCGAAAGCAGCUAUGCCAAUCUUCAAAGAACGAAAUAUCAACUUCUGCAAAAGCUUCGUAGAUUCGAGAGGCUUGUGGAGUUGGAUCCGGUUACACUUGAAAAACACAUGGUAGAAGGAUGUGACGAUGACGAAAAUGAUGAUUAUCGUGGUGUUGUAACAUAUGUAGAAAAAGAAACGGUGGCCCGUGAAGUGUCUUUGAGGGCUAUAAUCGGCCAUUUGGGCGUCGAGAAGAUCCCGUUACAUAUUGAACGGCUUGUGUCGGACCUGAUUUUGGAGGAAAACAAGAACGAAGAACACGAAGCGGUGUCGAAAAGGGUGUGCUGCAGGUUGGAUUCAUGGAAGAUGGUGGAAUCGAAUACGAUUGAUAUGAUGGUGGAAUACGAAUUGAGAAGGGAGAAAAGUGAAGGGUGGAAAAGGCAUGAUCGCGAGCUGGCAAAGGAGAUUGUGAUGAGUAUUGAAGUUGCGAUCAUGGGGGUUUUGGUGGAGGAAUUUGCUGAAGAACUCGUUGACUUCUGUCCCAUUGUAGGAGGUAAAUAAGUGGUUGUUUUUUUCAUAAUUUAGGGGCCGUUUAUCAAACACUUACCUGGUAAGCAUGUAGCAGUAAAAUUCAACACUAUCAUUUACUUACCGGGUAUAAUUUUAGUCAACAAAAUCAGCUUUCUAUGCAACAAAUAGAGUUGACUGUGGUAAAAGUGAUUGCUCUCAAUUACCGGGUAAGACUCUAGGUCCUUGCCUCGCUCUUACCGAGUAAGAUUCAUGGUUCUUUCCAUGUUCAUCUGAUAAGGUAAUAUAAUUUGGUAAACGCUUACCCAAGUAAGCAUUUGGUAAACCGCCCCUAGUUUAACGAGUAAAUAGUGGUUAUUUCGAUUUUGUCAAAAAUAAAAAUUCCGUGUUAAAUUUCAUCAAAAUA